AUGCCAACGAGCGUUUUUGAUUCUUUUGUCUUUCGGGGAAUUUUUGGGGAAACCAAAAUUAGCCAUAUUUGGUCGGACGAAUAUCGCACACAGCAAUACUUAAAUUGGGAGUCAGCCCUAGCGAAAGUAGAAGCUUCAUUGGGACUCAUACCACAAGAAGCUGCAGAGGAAAUUAGGCGCGUAUGCGAAGUGAAGAAUAUUGAUUUUAAAAAAUUAGAAGAAGAAACGUUGACCAUCGGAUACCCCGUAUUGGGCGUCGUACAUCAAAUUUCAAAGCUUUGUCGAGAAGAUGCAGGGAAAUAUUGCCAUUGGGGUGCAACUACACAGGAUGUUACCGAUACAGUUACGAUACUACAAAUACUAGAAAGUUUCAAAAUCAUCCGGUAUUUUUUGGAGCAAGCCAUUGAGCUUACAGAAACCUUGUCUCGCAAAUACAAGGAUACACCAAUGGUGGGAAGGAGUAAUUUACAGCAAGCAGUUCCCAUUACGUUUGGAUUUAAGAUGGCCCGUCUCCUCUGUACGUUCCGUCGGCAUAUUCAGCGCUUGGAUGAGUUAGUCCCACGUCUCUCCGUCGUGGAGUUUGGCGGCGCUUGCGGGACUCUUGCUUCUUUAGGAGAGAAUGGUCUAAAAGUACAGGAACGACUUGCGAAAGAACUUGGACUGUCUCCUCCUGAAAUUGUUUGGCAUACAGAACGAGACCGGAUUGCAGAAGCUGGAUGUUUCUUAGGUCUUGUCACUGGCACUUUGGGUAAGUUUGCCUGUGAUGUUAAAUUGAUGAUGCAGAAUGAAAUAAGAGAAGUGAGUGAGCCCUACAUUGUCAACCGAGGAUCAUCAUCCACUAUGCCCCAAAAAAGGAACCCUAUUUCCUGUGUAUAUAUUACAGCUUGCGUAUCUUGUGUACGACAAAAGGUUGCGGCCUUGCUGGAUGCUAUGGUAGAAGACCAUGAACGCGCAACUGGCACUUGGGAAAUUGAAUGGAUUGUUUUACCGGAGAUAUUUUCUCUGACAGGAAAAGCAUUAGAGCACACCGUGUUUGUGCUUCAGGGUUUAGAAGUAAAUCCCGAGAGAAUGAAAACUAAUUUAAGUUUGACAAAAGGACUCAUUUCCUCCGAGGCGGUGAUGAUGAAAUUAGCGUCGUUUUUGGGGCGCGAUGAAGCACACGAUUUGGUUUAUUCAUUAUGUAGAAAAGCCAACGAGAAAGAUCAGUCUCUAGAAGAAGUAUUGCUACAAGAAAAGAAAGUCACUGAUCACUUGACAGAGAAGCAAGUGUUGGACCUCGUCAACCCAGCGAACUAUUUAGGGCAAACUUUGGCAAUGAUUGAUCGUGUCUUGAAAUAA